GCCCAGUAACUUGUCCUGCCGCCCCGCUAGCCUCUGCUUCCUGCGAACGGGCGGAGUCUGCAAAACUUUUGGACUGGACGGGACCAGCACUUCAGGGUUUAUGCGGAGGAGCACUUGGCGGGUGGGGAGCUCAGAGGGCUCUGCAACGCUCGGGCGACCUAACACCUGGCUGUCCCUGAUCGCAGCCCUCGCUUCCUCCGUGGGUGCCCUUGCCAGUCCAUCCCCGUGGUACUGCGGUGUGGGCUGCCCUGUCCGGCUGAAUCCCCAAGGGACUAGGGAGUUUUCCUGCACGAGCUGGUGAUGGAUGAAAGUCUGCCUGACUCUGGUGACUGAUGCCCAGAUUGGACGAGAACUUCUGGAGCUGUUCCUGUGCUGACCGCCUGAGGCACAGAAGCCACCCGAGAGCCGGUGCCGGAGGGCUGGCGGCCAAAGUGGGGGAAAUGAUCAACUCCUCCGCGUCCGGCCCUUCUCGGCUGAUGGCCCCCCGUGCCCUGGACACUGACGCCUCUCGUGGGCUGCGGAGCCCUGGUGUGGGGGGCCGUGGUGGCAGCAGCGGCCACACUAACAGCUGGCAUCACCACUUGGUGCAGAGGAGCCUGGUGCUUUUCUCGGUCGGGGUGGUCCUAGCCCUGGUGCUCAACCUGCUGCAGGUCCAGAGGAAUGUCACCCUAUUCCCUGAGGAAGUGAUUGCCACCAUCUUCUCCUCAGCCUGGUGGGUUCCUCCCUGUUGUGGCACAGCAGCUGCUGUCGUCGGCUUACUCUACCCCUGCAUCGACAGUCACCUCGGAGAGCCCCACAAGUUCAAGAGGGAGUGGGCCAGUGUCAUGCGCUGUGUAGCCGUGUUUGUGGGUAUCAACCACGCCAGUGCUAAAUUGGAUUUUGCCAAUAAUGUUCAGCUCUCCUUGACUUUAGCAGCCCUCUCUUUGGGCCUGUGGUGGACGUUUGACCGUUCCAGAAGUGGCCUCGGACUUGGGAUCACCAUCGCCUUCCUCGCCACUCUGAUCACUCAGCUGCUGGUCUACAAUGGUGUCUAUCAGUAUACGUCCCCAGAUUUCCUCUACAUCCGCUCCUGGCUCCCGUGCAUAUUCUUCUCAGGAGGUGUGACAGUGGGAAACAUAGGACGCCAGCUGGCUAUGGGAGUUCCUGAAAAGCCGCAUAGUGAUUGAGUCUUCAGACCCACCGAUUCUGAAGAAUAACAAGAUUUGGGAAGAAACUCUGUGAUAUUGGAUUGUGACAAAGAUUAUUUUUUUUCCUCAGUAAUCUAUUUAGAUUGGGCUGACUGUACAAGUGACACCCGGAAAAAAAAUUCACCUGUUUUAGAAGAGCCAAGGGAAAGAGUGACUGCUUAUCCUGACCGUUACCCCGCUCGACUGCACCGUGCCUGCGUCUGCUCUGGAGACACGGGCCCCAGGCGGCAGAGCUCAGGCAGGGGCCAGUUUCCCGAGUAUUCAAUUUCAUUUAUGUUAUUAAAGCAAGUUGCCAUAUUUCAAAGCCUUGAACUAAAGCCUAAUUACCAGCUCUUGGUUUUGUAUCAGUGCCCACAGGGGAUAGGUUGAUGGUGCUUAACAAAGAUGAAGUGUGGUAAAAUAGGAAGAAUAUUUAUCCAAAACAUUUUUAAAAAUAGGGUUGUGUGAAAGAAAAGCAGCAGCUGUGGUGGGAGCAUGAGGAGGCUGUGCUCAUGCGGGUGCAGCACCAAGGUGCUUCACACUCACGCGGCUACACGCGCGUCUCCUGGUGCGCAACUGCGCUCUUCACUCCUCCCGGGGGAUUUUGUGUAGACAAUCUUACUGACGGCAAAGGCAAUGAAAAGUCAUAGUGCUGAGCUGUGGUGUAUUGGCAUUUUCACCUCAGUAUUUAUGAAGUUUUACCCAGAUCCAUAAUCAUCUAAGAGUGGCUACCUGUCUGCCGUGUUUCAGUCUUAGUGAGCCAAACUGUGUCAUUCCUUUGAUACUCCAAAGAAGAGAGAUGACUUUUUUUUCCACAGCCCUAUGGAAUUUGCAAUCUGUGAUUGCCUUGUAAAAAGAUGAGUGCGUAUGUCACUACACUAAACAUUUGGUGUUUCUAAAUACUCAAAGAUAUUGGUGAGCACAAUGUAGUCAUUUAAUGGCAUAGACCAUACUGGACCUAAUUUGCAAGUAUUGGGUCUUAAACUUCAAGUGCAAUGUAUAUGAAAACCAAUCUGAGCCUUGUAUUCUCUUAAAUAUUUAUUUUUUUUUAACGUAUGAGAUGUUAAGAGAGGGUUACCAUUCAUUUCAGCGCUGCAUGGAGGAGGCAAAAGUCAGCAAUAAUUUCCUUCUGUUGUGAAGUUACUUUGUUGUCAUGCCCUCCACUGAGCCCUGGUCCUUUGAAAUACUCCAGUUUUGUGGGUUUAGUAAACUUGUAAUUUUUACUUACAAAUUUACCUUUUUGUAUUUUGCAAUUUAAAUAUUUUUGGUUUGUUUUAAAUUCUGUGAAAGUGUCUUGACGAAAAGACUCCUUUGAGUCCCAGUCAGCUGCUGGCAGGACAGGACCUUGGACUGAGUGGCCUGUAGCUGUGGACGUGCACUCGCCUGCGUCCCUGUGAUGAUCCUCGUUGCGGUGGUUUUAUUUUGUUUUGAGGAAAAUAUCUUGGAGUAAAUUUUAGGUUACUGUAACUAAUUUGUUUUAGAGGAGUUUUGUUCAAAAGAAAAUGGGAUCAUUCUGAAUUUUGCAAUGAUCCUUUACACAUUUUCUGAAAAUGAAAACAAAUGACUAGCUUUGUGAAAAGAUUUUUCAAUGAUGUCAGCAUUUUAUGAAAAGCCAGAAGUUAUUAGAUGAAAGCAGUAAUUGAAUCUUUAAAAUAUACUUGAUCAUGCACAAACAAUAAGUAUUUUUUCUCUUAAACUGGAAGUAAAUCUGUAUCUGUUAGAAGUAAUGUAGCCAAAAAAUGUGAAUCUGAAGAAUUUUUUUGCCAAUACUUUAUAGCAAGUACAUGAACCAAAGUGAUUCGAGUUUGUAAAAAUGUAAAAUAGUAUGAACAAAUUUGCCCUAUACCAGAUUUGAACAUGUAGUGAGAUUCACAUUCAUACCAAGUUUUCAACAUUGUGUUCUUUUUGCAUUCAUUUUUUUACUUUUAUUAAAGGUUCAAAACCAACCAUUGAA